AUGGCCGACAAAGUAACGAAAUUCGAACGGAUGGCCAUGACCAAACCCGUCCCGAUGAAAUUGUUCGCUGCCUGGGAAGUGGACCGGACACCAUCGAACUGCAUUCCAAGAUUAUGCUCGUUAAAAAUUACCCGCCUGUCCCUGCUCACUCCCCUGCCGUCCGAUCUGACGUCACUGUCACUGGCGGUUCGGAUGCAAAGCUCAAAGCGAACACUCCGUUCACACGAAAUUCCCGUGCCACAAUCGUUGAGCAGCGGAUACAGCAGCAGCACAGGAAGUGGAACAAUCGGUGCUGGCGGCACCGGUGGAUCAGCCGGUGGUGGUGGUUCUCUCGCCAGCGUUGGUCAGCUACAUUCACCGCCACUGCUCGAAACGGAGCUAGAUCUGCACUUUAGCUUACAGUAUCCACAUUUCAUUAAGCGCGACGGUAACCGAUUGCUGAUAUUGCUGCAGCGGCGCAAAAAGUACAAAACACGAACCAUUCUCGGCUACAAAACGCUGGCCGAGGGUGUCAUCCGGAUGGAUGCCGUGCUGCAGAAGUCGAUGGACAUGACGGUGGAGCUGAAUGGGUCGGGAAAGGCGGGCCGGGCCGGUCUAACGAUAGCAACGUUGCGCGCCACCCAGGUCACAUCGAUUCCCGUCGAUCAGGAUAACAAGAACAACAACAGCCUGCUGGUGACGGAUCGCGUGAACGAGUACUCGGACGAGGACGAGGAGCAAGAGUUUAGCUCGGGCGAUGAGAACGACGAAGGGCUGUCGGGGUACGCGGCCAAGCGCAACUACGCCGGUAAGCGCGACUCGUACAAAAAGUUCGAAUCGGGCGAACAGGACGGUGAACAGGAGGACGGUAAUAUGUUACCCUCCAACCAGGCCGAUAGCGAUAGUGAUUUUGACAACCUGGGCAAGGAAAAAUCACGGGGGAAAAUGAGUCGGCAACGAAACUUCAAACAACGCAUCAUUUCACUGCUCAAGCGCUUCAAGGUGCCGGAAGAGCUGGAAGGUGAUGUCCGGGAGCGUGGUCCGGCACUGCGCGGUAAACGCGACCUGGACGCACUGUUCCAGGAGCUGGAAUCACUGUCGUGCGGCGAAGGGGACGAUUCCGGGCAGGACAUGGACAGUCUUUCCAUCGGCUCGACGCCGAAGCCAUCGUUAAGGCCAUUCUUUGAGAACACGGGCAAACCGGUUCUCACGCAGCAGCAUUCCUCGAUACAGCUAAGCUCGAUGCAGAAGGGUAGUGGUAACAAAGAUUUUAUGCCAGAAAAGAAACCCAAUUUAGAGAAGCGUGACUCGCUCGCCGAAAAGAAAAGCAAUUCAAUAACAAUUGCCAAUAAUCUUAUUAAUAGUAUGAACGGCAACAGUAUUAAUAACAAUCAGACUAGCAAUUACAGUAACAUCCAAGACCGAUCCGGGGAAUGGAAAAACGAUAGUUCCGGUAAUGAGGGUGGUGCUGGCAAUACGGACCCAGAAGCGCUCAGUUCGGAUCCACAAAACACUGGCAGUCCGCCGAAGGAGAAGGAAACGGCAGUCGAGAAGAAGAAUCGUCUGUUCCGUACCAGCAGCAGCACUCCAAACAGUGCCAAAAAGCAGAAACAAGUGCUCAGCUUCCAGAUGGAUCAGCAACAGCAGCAACAACAGCAACAGCAACACCACCAACAGCAGAAACCUUCGCCGCUAGAAACGUGUCUGUCGCCGACGAAUGUUGAACCGCGGCGGUCAUUACUCGAACAGCUGCAGCGUACGUUUACCACGGAAGAAUCGUUGCUACCAGAGGUGGUCACGAUCGUAGGUCCACCGGAAGCCUGCACCGUAUCGCCGACACCGCGCUUAGCUUCGCUCAUAUCGUCCACGUUUCGGCCUACAUUUUUACCCAACAAUACCGCUGAGGUGAAGGCAAUUACGCAGGCGCUUAUGAACAAAAUUCAGAAAUACUGUAAUUCAACAGCAAAACCACCAACAACUGUGAAAGUAGUUCUAGUCGGAGGCGAUUGGUUGCAGGGCGCCGUUUUGCGUCAUUAUGUGGAAUUGUUGGGCAUUCGGCCACCCGAUUGGGUGAAUCAUAUCAGAUUUUACAUUGUUCCUUUAGGAUCAUGCGCGGUGGCUCGUUACAUCGGGAUGAUUGAUUCGAGCUAUAUGAGCAUGUUCGGCACGGAGAGUUGGCAGCAGAUCUGUGAUCGUACUGCUAACCUUGAGAGCGCACAAUCGAAGAAUGAAUCAGCCGAGUUUAUCAACCGAAUACAGCGAUAUCUGAUAUCGGGAGGACCGUGCACGCAAGUUCCUAUUGCCGAAGCGAUGGUCAACUAUCGCGAUGAAGACUCUUGUCAAAUAUUUGUACCAUUUGUUAGUGACGUUAGAAUUGGCUGUUUAGAAGGGCCCCAGGUGUCUCUUGAUCUCGAUGAAUCGUUAACGUACGUUUCGCAAGGCAGCGCCGACAGAAUGCUGUCGAGUUCGCCACCCCAGAGCGGUCGCACGUCACCGCCAACAUCGCAAACACCGGUCGCGGUUGCACAGCUGCAGCAAAAGGAGCAACAGCAGCAACAAGCGUCAUCAUCUUCCUCGCAGAUGCAAGAGUCGCUCGAGCUGCAGGUGGACUAUUGGCCGCUGGCACGGCCAAAUUUCGAUCCGAAAGAAAAACCACUUGGCAAGGGCCAGGAUCCGUCGGGGAAAAACAGUAUUAAGAGCACUUUCCGACAUCUGCAGGUAUGGCGACUACCGCAAGCUCCUAGCUUUGGCGAGUUUACAAAUGGCUUAACACUAAGCUUUGCUACCAAGGAGAAAAAACAGAAAAUAAUGAGAUUGGGAAAAAAGAAGGAAAAAGAUCGUGAUGCUGAGAAGGAACAGUGCGUUGAAGGAGUGGCCCGUUUGAUCUGUUCACCGAAACAAUCGCAUCCUGUUCCGUUGCGAGUGUACAUCGAUGGUACGGAGUGGACGGGUGUGAAAUUUUUCCAACUAUCUUCCCAGUGGCAAACGCACAUUAAGAACUUCCCCAUAGCGUUAGUCGGUGCCCCACUGGCUCCGGCCGAAAUGCUAACCUAG